AUGCGCGCCUCUUUGAGUUUGGCGGCUGUAUAUGCCGCAGCUACAGCCAGCGCCUUCCAGGGCUUCAACUACGGAUCUACCUUCACCGACGGUAAAGCAAAGGCACAGUCAGACUUCGAAUCCGAGUUCAAGACCGCAGCUAGCCUCGAGGGCACCAAUGGCGCCUUCACCUCCGCUCGUCUUUACACCAUGGUUCAGGGAGGAAGCACUAACGACCCCAUCUCUGCCAUUCCCGCCGCCAUUUCCACAAAGACAACCCUUCUGCUCGGAUUGUGGGCCUCUGCAGGUGAUGCUGCGUUUGCCAACGAGCUUGAGGCUCUGAAGAAGACUGUCUCUCAGUACGGCAGUCAGCUCAAUGGCCUGGUUGCCGGCAUCUCCGUCGGCAGCGAGGAUCUUUACCGCCACUCGCCUACCGGCAUUGCCAACGGCGAAUUCUCUGGCGCCGAGCCCAACACUCUCGUCAAGUACUUUGAGCAAGUUCGAGAAGUCAUCAAGAACUCGCCUCUGAGCAGUGCUCCUAUCGGUCACGUCGACACAUGGACCGCCUGGGUUAAUGGCAGCAACAAGGCGGUCAUCGAUGCAUGCGACUGGAUUGGAAUGGACGCUUACCCCUACUUCGAGGACACCAAGCCCAACUCCAUUUCGGACGGCAAGGACCGCUGGGCCGAAGCUUUGGCUGCCACUCAGGGAGCUGUUGGUGGAAAGCCCGUUUGGGUUACUGAGACUGGUUGGCCCGUCAGCGGCAAGACUGUCGGUGCUGCUGUCCCAUCUCUCGAGAACGCAAAGAAGUUCUGGAAUGACGUCGGCUGCCCCAUGUUCGGUAAGACCAAUGUGUGGUGGUACACAUUCCAGGACUCUUCUCCAACAACACCCAACCCCAGCUUCGGUGUCAUUGGCUCGACCUUGACUACCAAGCCUCUCUACGACCUCUCAUGCGACAACAUCAGCUCUAGUUCAUCAGCAUCGGCCUCGGUCUCCUCCACAAACACUGCGUCUGCUAGCGCCUCUACCCAGGUCAGCAGCGCAGUCUCAGCAUCCGCUACCGCAACGGGCACUGCUACUGCUACCGGAGGCGGAUCCGGCUCGGGCUCAAGUCAGCAGAGUUCUGCCGCUGGUACCGCUACGACUCUCUCGACUGUGGUGCCUACUACAGAUGGUGGCUCGGGUGGAAGUGGUGGUGGAGGUGCUACUGUUACGGGCACUGCUACCGGCGGUGCUUCGCCGUCUGCCUCUCAGAGUUCCGGCUCCGGAGGUGGUUCCGGCACCGGCCGUCCCGGUACUAAUGGAACCGUCAGCGUCCCAACGACGGGACCGACGGUUGUCCCCGGCAGCAGUGCAACCACGACGACCUUCAGCGUUGCAGUUCUGGCUGGUGCGAUCGUUCUCGCUAUGUUGUAA